GUCUUACGUGACUCAAAAUUGAGUCGGAUUAAACGGUUUUCGAUUGGUAUAUUUAUUACAGUUAUUUACUUAAUCCAUAUGCCACUUGUCAAUGAGAAUAAUCAACAAAAAUUCAAAAAAUUCAAUCGGGUUGUUACUUAUAACGAAUUCAACAAGUAUAUCGAGUGCCACCAAUUAUCGCAAUGAAUUUCACAUUUUGUAGGAAGGUACAUUUUAACUUAUUUGUCGUAAUUGUCAAAUUGAAAUAACGACAUAAAUAUUUUUCGGUUCUUGUCAAAGAUUUUAUUGAAAAAUCCUCGUGAAAUGGCAAAAACGUGCCAGAGAUGCAUCGAGACGUGUGGUGCAGGGAAACAGGACCCCACAAUCGUUAAGGCUCUAACUGAAGCUUUUGAAAAACUCCAAAAAUCGGACUCGAAAUCUCUUCUCAAAAAAUAUUUAACCGCCGAUGUGUUUCAAGCUUUGCUUCAUCGUAAAACUUCGUUCGGAUCGAGUCUCCUCGAUUGCAUCCAAUCAGGUGUCGCAAAUUUGGAUUCCGGAAUUGGGGUCUAUGCUGCCGAUGUAGAGGCGUACACGGUUUUUGCCGAGUUAUUUAAUCCUAUUAUUGAAGAGUAUCACUUAAAUUUCACCAAAACUGACACACAACCACCGGUUAAUUUCGGCAAUCCCAAUUGUAUGGGUGAUUUGGAUCCGAAAGGACAAUAUAUUGUUUCGACCAGGGUUAGAUGUGGCCGCUCUUUGGCUAAAUAUCCCUUAAAUCCUUGCAUGACUGAACAGAAUUAUCUUGAUUUAGAGCAAGAGGUGAAGAGCGCACUUCAAAGAUUAACUGGUGAAAUCUAUGGAGAUUACAUCCCGUUAAAGGAUAUGAGCGAUGCUGUUCAGAAAAGACUGAUAGAAUUGGGUUACUUGUUUUCGUCAACGAACACUGGUUUUUUUAUGCCCUACGGUAGAGGGAUGUUCAUAAACGACAAGAGAAAUUUUUUUGUUUGGGUGAAUCAAGACGAACACUUGAAAAUUUUUACGAUGCAAGAAGGAGGUGAUUUAGGAAUGUGUUAUCGUCGACUCAUCUCCGGACUUCAGGCUUUGAGUUACCAGAUAAAAUUUGCACGAGACUCUAAGUUUGGCUUUUUAAACCUUUGUCCAUCGAAUAUUGGUACCGGUUUUAAAGUUUCUGUAUAUGCGAUGUUACCAAAUUUGGGAUUGGAUGAGAGUAAACUUAUAAAAUUAGUGAAGGAAUGUCGACUUCAGAUAAAAAAAGUUGACGAAUAUUUAUAUAAAAUUUCCAGCAAACAAAGUUUGGGACUUUGUGAAUGGGAGGUGCUGCACGAUUUUCAGGAUGCCAUUUUAUCUAUUUUAGAUCAAGAAGAUAAAAUUGGCACUUUUAAAAGAGAACUAUUUAAAUCUGAUUGUAUGUGUCUAAAAGAUUUUAAAAACUAAAUUAUUUCAAAUUUGAUAUUUACCGAUCGAUGAACUCACAGUCUAUCGUCGGAAUAAACUCAAAAAUUACCAAUAACAUUUUGAUUGGGCAGUGAUGUCAGAAAACUUGAUUCAAAUAUACUUUUAUUUAUAAAUAACAUACAUGAUCUUGUGCAAUUAACGAGAGAUAAAAUACUAUGAAACAUUACCUUGGCAUCUAAAAUUGUAAAAAUAAAAUUAUUUGUUAUA